AUGAUCAGGAUGAAGUUUUUUCGCCUGGUUCUGGCCCUUCUCGGAGGCACUCAUGUCCUCUGCGCGCAGCCCUCUGCUUCCCCCACGGUGAAGAGUUCUGGUGGAUCCAGCCUGGCGAGCGUGGUCGCCGGAAGCAAGCCGACAAAACCUUUGAAUAAACCCGACUUCGACGAUAUCGCACCGCGAAAUGUCACCGCCAUCGUCGGGCAACCAACGCAAUUGAAUUGCUUCGUGAAGCAUCCCGGGGACAGAGUGGUGUCCUGGAUACGUAAAAGGGAUUUACACAUACUCACCUCCUCCGUCCACGUGUACACGGGGGACGACAGAUUCGACGUGGAGCACCCGAAGGCAUCCGACGAAUGGACGUUGAAGAUCCGUUUCGUCCAGCAACGUGACGCAGGGGUUUACGAAUGCCAGGUUAACACCGAGCCCAAAAUGAAUUUAGCCUUCGUGUUGAGAGUCGAAGAAAGUGCCCCUGUCCCCGUCACCACCACACCGAACGCCAUUCACCGGACGUUCAACUCAGCCGCCCUGGCGAAAAUCCAAGGUCCGGAGGACGUCUACGUGAAGAAAGGCAGCACGAUAAGCCUCACGUGCACCGUUAAUGUGCAAAGUACACCGCCCAGCAGCGUUUCGUGGCAUCACGGCGGAGCCGUGGUGGAUUUCGACAGUCCCAGGGGCGGGGUUUCCUUGGAGACCGAGAAGACGGAAAGCGGCACGACGAGCAGACUCCUGGUGACACAAGCCAGAUUGACCGACAGCGGAAAUUACACCUGCAUUCCGAGCAACGCGAAUCCAGCGAGCGUAAUGGUCCACGUGCUGAAUGGCGAGCACCCAGCUGCCAUGCAACACGGUGGAAGUUGCGGCGUGACGCCAACCAUACUCCUGGCGACCGUCACGCUCUUAAUCGCGAACCUGCUAAGGUGAGCAGUCUCGUAGUGAACCGUGACGACUUCGUAAAAAAUAGAAACGAGUGAGACGGUUGUGCGAUCACAAAGGGAAUCGCGUGUUCCCUUUGGUCCACGGCAUCGGGACUAACGGUGGGAGGAGUGAAGAAAAAAAAAUAAAUAAAUAAAUACC